UGUUCGCGGACGGGCUUUAGGACCGCUGGGCGCGUGUGACAUUGCCGUAAGCCUCCUGUCUGCUGGUGCAGCUCGUUGUUCAGAGUCUUUUCGCCGAACAUGUGGUGUGGCAGUGGCGUCACUACACUUGCCGCAAUCACUAACAAAACCGACUGAGACCGAGACGCCGCGUCCUGACGAGUGCAAGGAAGUGUGACACGCGAGUAGCAGGUCAAGAGCGAUGAAAAACGAGGGAAUUGAGGGUACCGAAAGGUUUCUGAGCCCGGGUAAAGGCCGGGGACUCAGAGCCACAAAGCAUUUCAAAGUUGGUGAUCUAGUGUUCGCCUGUCCGGCGUAUGCUUACGUGCUGACGGUGAACGAGAGAGGCGGACACUGCGAAUGCUGCUUCACCAGGAGAGAAGGGCUGUCAAAGUGCGGAAAAUGUAAACAGGCCUAUUACUGCAAUGUAGAAUGUCAGAGAGGAGACUGGCCCAUGCACAAGCUGGAGUGCUCAGCCAUGUGCACAUAUGGAGAAAACUGGUGUCCGUCAGAAACAGUGCGACUGGUCGCCAGAAUAAUUCUGAAACAGAAGUGUCAAACAGAAAGGACUCCUUCAGAAAGAGUGUUGACUCUUAGAGAAUUAGAAGCACAUCUGGACAAGCUAGAUAAUGAAAAGAAUGAGAUGAACGAUACAGACAUUGCUGCACUACACCACUUUUACUCCAGACAUCUCGAUUUUCCUGAUAAUGCAGCACUUACUGAACUCUUCGCUCAGGUGAACUGUAAUGGCUUCACCAUUGAAGAUGAGGAGCUGUCUCAUUUGGGGUCUGCUGUAUUUCCAGACGUUGCUCUGAUGAACCACAGCUGUAGCCCAAAUGUGAUUGUGACGUAUAAAGGUACAGUGGCCGAGGUCAGAGCCGUGCAGGACAUCAGCCCUGGAGAAGAGAUCUUCAACAGCUAUAUUGACCUCCUGUAUCCUACAGAGGAUCGAAUUGAACGGUUGAGAGAUUCUUACUUCUUCACCUGUGACUGUAAAGAAUGCACCUCUAAAUCAAAAGACAAUGCCAAAAUGGAAAUCCGACAGAAGCUUAGCACACCUCCAGAGGAAGAAGAAAUCAAGCAGAUGGUGAUGUAUGCCAGAAAUGUCAUUGAGGAGUUCAGAAGAGCAAAGCAUUACAAAACACCUAGUGAACUGCUGGAAAUCUGUGAACUAAGCCUGGAGAAAAUGGGUUCAAUCUUUGCCGAAACCAACGUGUACAUGCUGCACAUGAUGUAUCAGGCAAUGGGAGUCUGUCUCUAUAUGCAGGAUUGGGACGGAGCAAUGAAAUAUGGCGAGAAAAUUAUCCAGCCCUACAGUGUGCAUUACCCUCCUUACUCACUGAAUGUGGCUUCUAUGUAUCUGAAACUUGGACGAUUGUACCUUGGACUUGAGAAGAAGACACAAGGGGUUAAAGCUUUAAAGAAGGCUCUUGCAGUCAUGGACAUUGCCCACGGUAAAGACCACCCAUACAUCGCUGAGAUUAAAAAGGAAAUGGAGGAGCAGAAAUAAUGGAAACACAUGGAGGAAUAUGCAUCAAACGCUGGCAUGUGUCUUAUACCUCUCCUGGGAAUAUUAAAACAAAGUGAUGUCAAAA